ACCCCAGCUCCAUUAAUAUUUGCCCCAAAUGCGGGGCACAUAUUAACAAAUGACUUUUUUGGUUUUGACGGCUCUCUUUCUAAAAGCACUUACAUACCGAAUGUAUUUUGCUACUAAUAUCAUAGCUGAAUAACCAAAGCAUGUUUUCAAUUAAAAAUUAAACUAAAAAAUUCGUUACCAAAGAAAAUAUAAACUAUAAUACAAAAUUUGUUAGAACCAGCCCCGCCCUCCCCUACUAAUACCAAUAUAGCACGUCACUAUUUAUUCUUUUACUUACUAAAUACCAACCCUUCACAUCACUAGUUAGUUAGAUUUGUCUAUGGUUAGGGGACUUCCCUUAGAUCCCAAUGGUACACGUUACGUUACUCGGAAGUAUUUCAUACAUUCAAUAUUUAGUUAAGUAUUUAAAGUUAAAGUGUGAAAGUUUUUAAUCAUGGAGGAUGAAGAUUCAACAUCUAAUCCAGGCCCAAGUCGCCCUUGCCCUGGAACUCCAAAAAAGACUCUGGCGAGACGGAAUGAGUUAUCGAGGGAUCAAAAAGAAAAACAUAGGGCUCAGAAAUACUGCGCCGAUUGGGAAAAUCUUGAAGUUUUCAAGCAUUGGCUGAAACCCGGCAAAAGUGCAUACAAAGCAAAAUGUAUUGUAUGUGAUUGUGAAUUAUUAUCCGAGUAUAGUGUAUUAAAAAUCCAUUCCACUAGGCAGAAAAACCUUAAAGCUCUGUCUAAUGCUAAAAUUGCAAACAAGCAACGUAAUUUGAUGACAAAUUUUGUCACUGAAAAUCCUGUUGGGAAAAAUAAAUUGGAAUCUAAAAUAGAACUACAGCUAUCAGCUUUUAUCGCCGAACACAAUAUUUCUUACAAUUCUAUCGAUCAUCUGACUGAUAUUAUCAAUGAUAUAUUGCAUGACUUUGAUGUCAAACAUAAAAUUUCUCUGAAGAGAACGAAGGCAACUGCAGUGACAACGGAAGUCAUCGGCAAAGCAGAAAAGUCAAUGUUGACUAGUGUUUUGACUACACAAAAGUUCAGUACUAUAUGCGAUGAAUCAACGGAUAUUAGCACUCAGAAAGCUUCGUGUAUAGUUGUGCGAUAUUUUGAUAAGGACAAGAAGCAAGAAGUCCUUAGUAAAAUGUGGGAACUGUGCAAGGUAUUUGACUCAGAAAACCCUGAUAUGGUCAACCAAGGUGCCACAGGUGAGAAUUUGUACAGAGUUAUGACUCAGUCUUUUUUGGAUAAGAACAUCCCGCUAGAUAAUAUGAUUGGAUUUGCCGCCGACGGCUGUAAUGUGAUGAUGGGUGAAAAUAACAGUGUUGCCAGCAGGCUGAAGGAAAAUUUACCAGGUAUCUUCAUAUUAAAAUGUGUAUGUCACUCGGCUCACCUGUGCGCAUCUGAAGCAUGCAAAGAACUUCCUCGAAGAUGCGAAGACUUGGCACGAGAAAUUUAUAAUCGUGGUUACAAGAAAAAUUAAUUUCAACGGAGAUAAUCUUUCAGAACUUGAAUGACAAUUUCAUGAAAUUAUAUUACAAGUUUCUGGCGUGGAUUUUGCCCAAGUUCACUGCAUUUAAUAAAUUAUUCUAGUCAGAUAGUGCUGUAAUAAUCAAUCUUAAUGAGAAAGUUCGGGACAUCUACCGCGAUAUUUUGUUAUGUUUUAUGGAGAGAGAAUAUAUUAACAGAACUGAACUUUCUUCUGUUAAUAUAGAUUACCAAGAAAAAUAUCUUGCCGACCGCCAAAUGUAUUUGGGUAUAAAAGUAAUGAACGAUGUAACAAGUGAGGAGUUCACUAGCCACCCACAAAAGUGCACAGAGUUUUUCCACCGUUGCCGCAAGUUUUUAAUAACAAGUGCUCAUGAAAUAAAAAAACGGUACAACUUGAAUGAUCCUGUAUUAUCAAAAUUGGAGGCUAUCCAUCCUACCAACGCUAUGUCCGAAUCGUACAGGAACAAAGUAAGUAAUUUGUUACCUCUAAUGAACAUUGUGUCUCGGAUUAUAAGCGGUGACAUAAUGCAAAAUGUUGAUGACGAAUGGAGAAGAUUGCCCACGUUUAUAAACCAAGUUGAUAUGACUCUUCCACCAGACGAAUUUUGGGC